AGAUAUAUAUUUGAAAUACUGGUAUUCUCCUGUUUGGAUUGAUUAGGAAGAAAAAUUCUAAUGAACAUUUACAGGAUUAGAAUUAAAAAAUAUGUUGUAUUUCUUUGGUAGGGCUACCGCAGAAGUUUAAUGUUGACUUAAUCCAUUCAAGACUUGCAUAAGAKAAUUGUCUUGUUGGAACAAUGCAGGUUAAAAUUUUACAGUAAAUUCAGAAUUUUCACCUAUUUUGCUCUAAGUUAAAUUAGAUUUUUUUUGUUUGAAAUUAAAAUCUUUAACCCGUCACUCCCGAGUUCAGAUAAAAAAAUAAAAUAAAAAUAGUUAUGACGGUAAAUGUGAAUUUGUGACCAUUUUAUCAUAGUGUCUUUUCUCGUCUACGGCGGGAAAAUUGCUAAUUAAAGCUUAUCGUUAGUUGACUGGAAGAGCUGCGGGCUUGGUUACAAAAUUUCGUCUUAGAGCGUACUCAAAAUUCGAGACAUCACACUAACUUCGAAAGAAGAAAAUCGUUGUUUUUUUGGAUAUAUUUACAUAUAUUUUUUAGCUUUUUCGGCGUCUUCGCUAGCUAAUUUAACCGUUGGAAGUGACUCGGCUAACCACGGUUAGACGCAGGAAGAAGGGGUAAAAAUGGCGUCUGGGAAAAUGCGUCUGAGAGGAAACAAAGAGGAAACUACUGAGUGGACCGGAUUAUUCAUCAAUGACUUAAAAACCAAACAAGAGUCUCUGGUCUUUGUCAAGAGGAUGAUGGCCAUCGCAGUCUCUUCCAUCACCUACCUGAGAGGGAUUUUUCCAGAGUGUGCCUACCGAUCCAGGUAUCUUGAAGAUUUGUGCAUCAAGGUUUUGCGUGAGAACAGCAACACUCCCGGCGCCAACAAAAUUGUGAAAUGGAUGAUGGGCUGUUUUGACGCAUUAGAGAAACAGUAUCUCCAGAUUAUAUGCAUUGGGGUUUACACUGAUCCAAAGGACCGUAACUGCAUCAUCGAGUCCUACCAGUUCAACUUCAGAUACACUGAAAAGGGACCAGAAAUGGACAUAGUCAGGAACAAUGCGAUGGGGAUGCAGGUGGCACUGGAGGACACCAAGAGAGCCUCUGUGCUGCUCAUCAGGAAGCUCUUCCUGCUGCUGCAGAACCUGGACGCCCUCCCCAGCAAUGUCUACCUCACCAUGAAGCUCUACUACUACGAUGACGUUACCCCUGCAGACUACCAACCACCAGGCUUCCAGGAGGGGGUGCACGACCGGCUGUGGUUUCAAGGGGUUCCAGUGCACUUCAAAGUGGGCCAAGUGCACACAACCUACCACUCCCUGAGGGUCCGAGUGUCUGUGGAGCAAGGCCACGUGAAAAAACUGCAGGAAGGAAACUAUCUGAAGGAACCUGUGCGGGUUUCCCUGAGGAAAGAGGCAAUCAAGAGAAAAGGCGUUGAAGAUCCUCCUUCUGAAGACGAGUCUGCGCAGUUCAAGAAACCCAGCAGGCCACUGACUAAGAAGAAAGCUGCUCCGAAAUCUGUGGCGAGAAAGAAGAGGAGAAAUUAGGCCGGGAGACCAGCACAGCACUACCAGUUUAUUAGUGUGACAUUUACAAACAUUGUUCAAGUUACAGUCAGCUGUGUAUGAAAGAAACAAACAAUUCAUUGUUACACAUUUUUGGUAUGAAAUUUGUUUUUAAAGGCGGCUUAUUACAUAGAAGUUAGAAAUGUGUUCAAUUUCUUCUGAUUUGAAGUUGGUUAAAAAAAAUUUGGACUGAGAGGAGAACAGAGAAAUAAAGCUCGAUUGUAGUGUUUAUGGUAAGAGUUUGUAAAAUGUGGUGGUAUUUAUUAUUAUUUAGUAUACGUUUGUGGUGUUGGAAACAUGUAAAUCUUGAAGAUUUAUAUUAAACGACAUGAUUCUCAUCAA